GUAGAGAGAGUGAGCGGGUCAUAAAAUUCACCAGGAGCAGUUCUGGCACGGUGGCACCGCUCUCUCACCCUCCCACGUAGCCUACCGCUUGAGCCGACAAACACAAAUGCCCACAGUGACAAUCAUUAAUCGCCUCGGAACUUCGACUUACUGUCCCCUGGAUUCCCACUUAAGCACCCUCCUUUAUAUUUUAAAAUUCGUUCUGGACUCUCGAGGGACUGCGCAACAUUGGGCUUUGCUCUCCCCAUAUACCCUCAUUUUCUGAAUGACGGGCGGACGGUUCGAUUUUGACGAUGGUGGCACAUAUUGCGGUGGUUGGGAGGAUGGGAAAGCCCACGGACAUGGCAUCUGCACCGGGCCUAAGGGCCAGGGUGAGUACUCCGGAUCCUGGUCAAACGGCUUUGAGGUAGUUGGUGUUUACACCUGGCCCAGCGGCAACGUCUAUCAGGGCUAUUGGGCGCAGGGGAAACGCCACGGACUCGGCGUGGAAUCGAAAGGAAGAUGGAUUUACCGCGGUGAAUGGACUCAUGGAUUUAAAGGCCGAUAUGGGGUACGUCAAAGCCUCAAUACCCCGGCCAGAUACGACGGGACGUGGAGUAACGGUCUGCAAGAUGGAUAUGGGGUUGAAACAUACGGGGAUGGAGGUACAUACCAGGGCCAGUGGACAGGUGGCAUGCGUCAUGGCUACGGCGUGCGCCAGAGCGUUCCAUACGGCAUGGCCACUGUCAUUCGUUCCCCUCUACGAACCUCCCUAGCCUCCCUUCGCUCUGAGCAGAGCAACGGCACCGUGCUCCACGACAACCUCUCUGACAGCCCCGCCGGCACCAGGGGCGGCUUCGUCCUGAACUUCCACUCGGACGGAGAGGGCGGCCCGGAGAAGAAGAAGGGCCUGUUCCGCCGUGGGUCCCUGUUCGGCAGCCUGCGACAGCUGCGCAAGUCCGAUUCCCGCUCGUCCAUCUCCAGCAAGCGCAGCUCGGCGCGCAGCGACGGCGCCAUGAGCCGCAUCAGCUCCAGCGACGCCAACUCCACCAUCAGCUUCGGCGAGGGGGACAUGGCGGACGACUAUGCCCCGCUGGAGGACAACGUGGACGCCCUGACUACCGAGUCUUACAUGGGCGAGUGGAAGAACGACAAACGCAACGGCUUCGGGGUCAGCGAGCGCUCCAACGGCAUGAAGUACGAGGGGGAGUGGAUGAACAACAAGCGCCAUGGUUACGGCUGCACCAUCUUCCCGGAUGGCACCAAGGAAGAGGGGAAGUACAAAAACAAUGUGCUGGCCAGAGGUAUCAGGAAGCAGCUCAUUCCUCUAAGAAACACCAAAACCAAACAGAAGGUGGACCGGGCCGUGGAGGGAGCCAUCCGCGCUGCAGCCAUCGCCAGGACUAAAGUAGAGAUCGCUACAUCAAGGACAGCCCACGCCCGGGCUAAAGGUGAAGCAGCAGACCAGGCCGCUCAGUCAGCCAGCCAGGACUCUGACAUCGCCAGGGUUGUGGCCAGGGAGCUGUCCCCUGGCUUCCACCAGCCAGGCCCUGACUACAUAAAGCAGAGGUUCAAUGAACCGAUUGAGAUCAGAGAGGUCCCAGAGGAGAAGAAGGAGAAGUCUCCCACAGGAAGUCCCCACUUCUACCGUAAAGGGACCACUCCGACCCAGACCCCCACUGAGAGUCCCUCCCAGAGCCCCGCCCCCACGCCCCCCCCCUCGCCCCCCGCUGUCAAGAAGAGCUUCUUUAGCAGCAAAAUCACCGCAAAGCUUUCUGGGAAAGAGAACAAGACCCCCGUCGUGGAAACCCAGGCUGCCGGCCUCACCAAGGCUGCCUCCAAGACUUCCCUCAAACAGGAAGUGGAAAUGCCUCAACCCAAACCGUUCAAGGCGGUAGAGCCCGCUGUCGCUAACGCUACCACCAGCCCUGGCAACGGUCAGCUGCACACCCAGUACCAUGGUUACUACGUGAAGGCUGAUGUCAAAAUUCCACCUCCGGAUGAGCCUAUAGGUGUUGAUGAGGGGCUUCAACUCACAGCAUCCGACCUUGCUCGCAUGCCCCCACCAGCCAAGCUGUACCGCACCCCAACACCAAAACCUCCAACGCCAAAGCCGCCUGCUGUGGUCAAAGAGAAUAAACCGGAGCCCAAACUAAAAAAACAGGAUUCGCACAAACCAAAGAGUCUAGCAGAAACCAAGAAGGCCAGCAUGGAAAUCAGCUCAGAUACCAUAGAGGAAGAGUCAGGUCCUAACUCAAUUCUGGUGGUCCUGGUUAUGCUGUUGAAUAUUGGUCUAGCAAUAAUAUUUGUCCAUUUUCUGACCUGACAAAGUUUCAACUCAGUGAACUCAUCCAAACUAGCGGCCUAGGCCCCCUAACUCUCUGCAGUUGCGUCAAUGGCCUUUAAAAAUGGCGCCGAGUCAGAUACACACACACAGGCAAACGGAGGACUUGAAAUAGAGUGAAACAUGGGGAGAGAAAGAUGAGACCUGGACCGCCGGGCCCGAGGCCGCCCAGAUUCGCUGGCGAUGAUUUGUGACCCGUCCCAGGUUCUGUGAAACCUGAAGCAAGCAGUGAAAGGGGGAGAGAGAGAGAAAAAAAAAGGAAAUUUGCUGAUACAAGCUGUAACCAGUGUAACCUGCAUUGCCACUCCAUCUGCCUUGGAGGAUGUGUGUUUGUGUAUGUGUGUCUGCAUGGGGGUGUCAGGGUGUUGUCUUGGAAGGGUGUUGGAAGGGAAGAAGGGGGGUUCCGGGUUGGGGGAGGACUUGACUGGAUAUGUUCGGAGAUGCACUUUUAGUUGACGGAAGCCGACAGCUGCCUUACAAUUUUACCAUCUGACGUGUUUGAGGGGGAUAUGUGCCAAAUGCUGCCAGGGGAUAAAAGUGUCUCAGUGGUCUCUACUGCUCCUGGGAGUGGGUCUGUCUGUCUGUCUCUCCGUAUGUCCAUCCAUCUCAGUGUUCAUUCUAACACUCGCUAGAAAAUCAAACCGUACACUCUGUGGCAGUGGUAGCCAGCAGUCUUACAGCCAUAAAGCCACUGCUACAGCCUUGUCUGGUGUCUUUACAUCCACAAUAUGAUCCUACAGCAUGGGGCAGAGUCAGUGGGAUUUUGUUUUGUGAUACAGUGUCUGUUGAUAGGUGUUUUAUUUUUCUUUGUUUACCAAUAUUGGAUUUCAUGGGGGCGUUUCAUUUUGUUAAUUUAUUUAUUCAAAGUCGGUGACAUCUAUUGCACAGACUUGUUCAUUGGAAUCCCAAAGGAAUUUCAACUGAGCCUUUGUUUCACAAAGCAAUUCUUAUGCAGUAGAAAUGUUUAAUUUAAUGUGUAGAAAGAUCUAAAGAAACAAACUAUAUCUUAUGUAAUUUGCAAGUGUGUUUUCAUUGCAAUUACCAUUAAAUUACUGUUUGAAAUUA